AUGACAGACAGGGUUCGUCGAAACGGUCAACUUUCGUCGUGCGAGCCAUGCCGACGAUCGAAACUCCGUUGCGAUCAUGCAAGACCAUAUUGCAGUCGAUGCGUACGCCGCAAUCGCUCCCAGAAAUGCUACUACCAUCCAUCACCGUCCACUCGAGGCGCAGACUCAUACACAGGAGCAUCAACAAAACAUGAAUAUAAUGAGUACAGCGUACCCCCACCCGCACCCCAAAUCCACCCUGUCACACCUUCGACCCGCACCUUAGCCUCGUCAACCGAAGAUUGCCCAAGUGAAAGUGAAAACUACGGUCGUGGAACUGGGCUAGUAAGCCUCCAAAACUCUUUGACGCCUUUCGCAGGCUCUAAUGAUGCACAUUCGCGUCGUUCAUUCGCAUACUUAACCCGAACAAGCAUAUGUACCCCCACCCAGCCAUACCCAGUAACACCAGCUACAAUCACACAAGGUGUAGAGGUUCUUCGAUGUCUUCUUGAUUUCAAUGCAGAUUUCCCCGAAGUUGCCCGUGAUCAAGGAGAGACGGGAGCAAUUGAAUCUUGUGGCUCGUUUCUUUUCAGAGCAGCAUGGCGAGCGACACAAAGUACUCUUCGAAAGCUAGAGUCUAGGCCAUCGUUAGAGCAAUUAACAAGUGCUGUUCUAUCAAUAUUUGAACAAACUGCUCUUCCGCUUCAACUUCCUCUAUCAGCAGAAAACAAUGCCAUUGAAGAGGCACUCUCCGGCAAAUCGCUUCGUUGGGAGACCGUCAGCAUGUGUUUUAUCCGAAUUGUCUAUUUCAGCGCAACAUUGAGAACAAACAGACAUAGUUCACAUGGCAGCACCCCUCCAAACUUUGACCACCAAAAGACGAUGCGUCUAGCAUUUGAAUCCUGUAUGCAAACGCGGGCAUUCUGCGACCAAGUUGAUCAGACAAAUGAUUUAACAGUGUGGGUAUUAACAUCACUAAUCAUCCCUGCUACCUGGUGCUUCGGAGACGACUCUCUCCGAGCUUGGCGCUUAAUGGGCGAUCUAUCAUCAGUGAUAACAGCUCUUGGUUUCCACAGAGGCUUCAGCGGUGCUACAUCAGAACCGCCCUACUUAAUAGAACUUCGCAAGAGAGUCAUAGCACUUGCGCACGAGCACGAUAAAGAACUAUCAACAUUUGUCGGACGACCUCCACGACUAAACCAGAAAUACUUUACAUUUGAUCUCCCUCUCGACUUGCCUGAUUCAAUUAUCACAGGACCCGUCGAGCAGUUCGAGGCCGCUAAAGCCAACCUUGACAAGAACGGAUGGAGUCAUGAGGUCAUGGUUCGUCCUGCUUCGCGUCUUCGCGCCCUCCUCUUAUUGAGUUCUGCCCGUGAGGGUGUCUUGGAACUAUCCCUUGGUCUAUCAGAGAAGAAUAUUGCUCAAGAAGCUAGAAGACUUUUGGCUGAAUUGGCUUCUGCUUGGGAAAAAAUUCCUCACAAGCCUUAUGAACAAUUACUAAGUGGUACUUUGUCCGCAUGUGCUAUGUGGGUGGUAGUAGGGUCUUGGUUCAAAUAUCUAUAUACCGAGUUCCUUUUGCAUAAGCUACUUAUAAGCCAGAAUGAGGGCAAUCGCGAUAAAAUGAUACGAAUAUCGCAUGCGAUUCUUCAGCUAGCUCUUUCACUGUUCAGGAAGAAUGACGUGAUAUCCACACCGAAUCUUGAAGCAAUAAUGGUGUUCUACGCAAUGCCAUGUGCGUGCAUCCUCAUUUUAGAGCUAUUUCGACAGAGUCGCCAGGAUCCUAGUUCUGCAUCCCUUAACACGCUCAAUCGAUCGACGAUCAUUCAGGAUAUAAGCGUUCUGAUAUCAUGUUGUGACUCGGUAGCUAUAUUUGGACAGAGUAAUUAUCAGAUGUGCAAGCAGGCCCAGACUGUUUUCAAGCGUUGUUUAGAUCGGAUUUUGGACCCGGCUGCGCUUCCUUCAAGUUCUCAUGGUUUAAUCUGUGAAACCGGGACAGAAGUGCAAGAUCCUCAGGUUAUAUCUCUCGGCUCUGUGGACUUUGGUUUGACGGAUUUAUAUCCUAAUGAUCCGGACUGGUCUGUGUGGCUUGAGUCUUUUGAUCUAUAUGAAACAUCGUUAUAA